AAUUUCGGAAAAAUACCGGAAUAUCUUGCUAAACGACAGGAGGACAUUAAAAAUGCUAGGCUAGAAUAUGAGGAAUGUAUUGAAUUUAUGAAAGCAAAUAAUAUGAUGCAACAACUCAACGAAGCAGAUAAAAAGGAGCUACUGACUGGUCUUAAGCUACGCUGGCAAGAAUUAUAUCAUCAAUUUCAACUACUUUCUGUUAUGAUUGACACAGUUCCUAAGAAGCAUAAGAAAGAAAGACUUGAAAAUGAGAUGCAGAUUUUGGAAAAUGAUAUUGAUACACUUGAGCGACACAAAAUUAUUUAUAUAGCAAAGUAG